CCGAAAGGUAGAGACGCCACUAAGCCACCGUGGAAAAGUGACGUUGUUGCGGGGUGCAAGUCGUCUCGGUCCACCCUCAGUGUGAUGCCUUUGUCUCAUUCCUAGUUCCAUCCACCAAAGCACACGUCGAGCCAGUAUCUGUUGCUCGAGAAAGGCUUCUGGAAGGGAUCUUAUUCUGAUCGCAAGGCCUACAUGGUCAGCAGGAAGCGCAGGAACUACUCGUCUGGCAGCGGAAGGACUAUAAAUCGCUCGAGAUCUGCGUCACCCACGGUAUGACCAACGAUCCCGACCUACCUGUACAACACCUGGAGCAGAAGUAGACCCAGCAGCAGAGCUUUCCGAAGCAAAGGACAUUGAUAUAUUCCUCAUUCGAUAACAGCAUAGCGCCACCAUGUCAUCCUCAGAGAAGACUACAGGCUCACCCUCGGCGUCUCAGUCGUCCGUCCUCGGCACGUAUCCCCACUUGGCGCACUACAUCUUUCAGCUUCUCUCUUCAGCUACUCCUUCGCCUACAAGGGCGACUCUUCAUCCUCUCAGUAUAUCUAGCUCCGGAGAAUCAGAUGAAGAGGACACUGGAGCGAGCACAACAGCCGAUCAAGACGAACAACAAGACGAUCGCACAGCCGUCACCCAGAAAGAAAAGGUUGAGCUCACGACGCCAAAGAAGAAGAUCAGUAAUGGUGAUAUGGACACGCCAAAUAAUCUCGACAGAGAAGCACUUGUCAAGCGAGUUGUUGAUCUGCUUGACAACGAUGAAGAAGACCAAGUCAAGACGGUGCUUAAAGCAUACCUGGGGGAGCUUGGCAAGGAUGAGAUCCUGAUGGAUCAAGUCUGCUUAGACUGUAUGCAUAGACGCAGAGAUGACAAGGAAAACGUGCCUUAUAAUCCGUCUCUUACACCCGCUCGGAUGCGCGGGUCACCGGCCACUACAGCGGUACCUCUUCGACCUUAUACGCCAAGUCGAGUUCCUUCUUUUAGGGCGCUCACCCCCCUUGGUCGACCUCAGUCACCAUCGUCGGCGAGCUUCCUCCCGGGAUCAGGUGCGAACACGCCCACGAUUCCUCACACCGCAUCGAGCCUGUCGCGGCCUGCCGAAGCCGGCCUGUCACCAAGUACCUCUAGCAGUGCCUUGCCUUCUUCGUCCUCGGCAGGGUCGCCUGGUCUGUCCCCUCGGAUGCUCAAUGCCAAGGCUGCUUCCUUUAGUCCAUCGCCCAGAGUCGUUUCUGCCACAACUCUGUCAAAGACUGCCAUGCCGUCGCCCAGUGAUCCAUGGAAAGAUAUCCCGACCGAACCCGUCCGAUCCGCUUCGCCAUUCGGAGCCGUUGGGCCUCCCAUGAUGACGCGUAGCUCUUCCAACUUGGCAAUUGCUGCGCCAUUGUUCAGUGAUCAGUCUAGCCCGUUCCACUCGCCGCUCGGGACGCCGAACAGGGGCAACAUCAAGAUACCAGACGUCUUUGCUUCACCGGCACUGCUUCAGCGAACUUCCAGUCGUAACCUGAUUCCGGACGACGAUGACGACGACGAGUUCUCACCGUUCGGCUCGAGUCUCCCGAAGCUGCAUCACCACGACUCGCAGAAUCACGGUCUCAAUCACGGAGCUAAGCCUUUCGAGCCAUUUGGCAAUUUACAGACGCCAGCAGGCACGCCAGGUCUGUCGGAUAACGGGGCGCCUUUCGACUCGCCAUCCCUGGUGGACGCUGGAGACGGGUCCGAACCAUAUGAUGAUGCUGGAUCUGGUAUGACCCCACUGGACGUAUUGGCUUCAGUCUUUUCGUCGGUGCCUCGGUCAGAGCUCGAAGAUGCCCUUCAUCGCUCAGGUUAUGACUUUGAAAGUGCCAUGGCGAUGCUGGUAGCGGCACAUACGCUACCCCGAAGCGGGUCUUCGACACCGCAGCGUGUUGCUUCUCCUCGACCAUUGUUAGGAAUCGGUGGCCGUGGUGCCAUGCCGCUUAAUCAGCAUGCGCCUAGAGAAGGAUACUUCAAUCAAGGUGGUCGCAGCUAUUCUGGUAACAUGAGUCCCGGUCUCAGUGGAACUCGAAGCCCCGGAGUAGGUCCUACGAGAAUGUGUCGGUACUUCCUCGCAGGCGAAUGUCGGCGCUCAGAUUGCCGAUUUAGCCAUGAUCUGGACCGAGCACUAUGUCGAUUCUGGCUGCGAGGGCAUUGUGCCAAAGGUCCGAAUUGCGAGUUCCUCCACCAACUGCCCAACGGUUUGGACCCAAAUGCUCUGUCUAGCGCCAUGUCCCGCUUGGAAAUGAGCAACGACGGUCCAGAGCAAUUCUCUCCCAACUCCCAUCACCCUCCAGACGAGUUCCCAGAUCUCCACAAAGGUCGCGGUGGAGGUGGUACACGCGGUGGCCGCUUCGAUCCUACCCGGAACAGAUUUGCCAACGCCGUCAAACGCAACCCCGUUCCUUUACAUUCCCCUUCUCUACAGAUCACUGGCGCCAGACAUUCACCACUGCAUCAUCCUGCGUACUCCCCAUCUACGAUUUCGGAACCUCGCUUGGCCCCUGUAGCCGUCCCUCGACCCUCACAUCGCAUCAAAUUACGUCCUCCGACGCUACUUCCUACCCUGCGGACUGGAUCCUCGACGAACGAACAGUACCUGACUGCCCGAGCCACUGCGAUCCGCCUAGGUCAAGCUCGAAAUGCAUGUCUAGCCCGCGCAGCCGAUGCAUUCCGACGAGGGGACGGAGCGGCUGCCAAACGAUUCUCGCGUGAAGGCAAGACACUCAACGAGCGAAUGUUACAGGAAUCAGCUAGCGCUGCUGAAGCUCUUAUCCGUGAGAGGAUGAUAGAGGUGCAGAAAACAGUUCGAGAGCGCGAUCCGAUGUGGAGCGAUGAUCCGCUCGACAGAUUGGUAAGAGGUCGAGAAUGUGGUGGUGGACUAGGUGUCAUUCUCGGCGUCGCAUCAACCAAAGUGGCCGUUGGUCAACCGCUUUCUGCCGAAGAGAGGACUGAAUGUAUCGUCGACCUGCACACUUUGCAUGGAAAUGAAGGAGCUGAUCUAGCUGGCAAUUUCCUGGCCGAGCUCGAACGUGAAAAUUAUCAUGGCUUGGCGUACCUCGUGGUCGGCGAAGAAAAACAUGUUGCAAGCCAGGACCCCUUGCGUGGGGCUUCCAAGAUCCGCCUCGCCUCAUCGGUCAAACAAUUCUUAGCUGAAUGGAGUUAUCCAUGGAACGAGAGCGGAGGUGUUAUCUGUGUCGAUCCUUGCAGAUCAUGAUAUCCAUACUAUAUACCCAUUUUAGCACUCCCAAUCCCGCACACAUUACGAUCCUCACGAAUCAAGCUACUGCCACUUCUCCCAAGUUACAUGUCAUCACAACAUAUGUCUCAACGUCCCCCAAAGCCCCCUGUUUCCCCUUGAUCACAAAAUCCGUGUCGAUAUUGGACAUUUCCAGUCUUUCCUACCCCCCUCAAUAUACAAGCUUGUACCUUGGACAGCGGACGGAGGUCACCGAGGGAUGAACAGAGCUGGCCGGCAAUCUUCCGCUUGGCGACGCCCGGCCGCAUCGCUAGAUAGUAGAGAAGUCCGAAGAAAAGAAAAGAAGAAGAACGAAGUUUCGAAGAGUUGCAGGCGAGACACUUAAGCAGAGUAAAAAUUAUGCAAUGCUUCCUUUUA